UUAAAAAAAACCUUGUGCCAACCUGACUGACAUUUUCCUCAUAUUUUCUGCCAUUGUAAAAUGGACCCAGAUCGAGGGUGCUGAUUAAAAUUUAACUAUUUAUUCUUCUUUUACUCCAUAGUUUCUUAAAAUAACGCUUCAAGAUGAGUGUCUUCAAAUCAGCCAUGGGUUACUUUAGUUCUGGCGGUGCCAACGGUAGCAAUGAUAAUGACUUUGUGGGUCAAUUUGUUGAGAUUGGAAACAUGAAAUUGAGAGUAAAAAAGGUGAUUGCAGAGGGUGGCUUCGCAUUUGUGUUUGUUGCACAAGAUGUGUCUACUGGCACAGAAUACGCUCUAAAGAGGCUAAUGGCAGCUGAUGAGACGGCAAACAAAAAUAUAAUUCAAGAAAUUAGCAUUUUGAAAAAACUGUCUGGUCACCCUAAUGUAAUUAAGUAUAUAGCUGCCUCUUUUAUUGAUAAAUCAAAGACUUCUCAUGGCAUGGGGGAGUAUUUGCUACUGACUGACCUCUGUAGCGGGGGUAGCUUGAUGGAGGCCCUACAGAAUAGGGGCCAAGCGUUUCCCCUGCCAACGAUCCUGAGGGUGUUCUACCAGACAUGCAGAUCAGUUCAGCAUAUGCAUGCACAAGUCCCCCCGAUAGCUCACCGUGAUCUCAAACUAGAGAAUUUCCUAAUAUCUAAUGAAGGUACAAUAAAGCUAUGUGAUUUUGGUUCUGCCACUACUGAUGUGUAUGCCCCCAACCCCUCUUGGAGCGCAAAUCAAAGAAACAUGUUAGAAGAAAAUCUGGCUCAAUUCACAACGCCUAUGUAUAGAGCUCCCGAGAUGCUGGAUACUUGGGAUAACCGAAAAAUAGACCAUUCCGUUGAUGUAUGGGCCUUAGGAUGCAUCCUAUACACUCUUUGUUUUAUGCAGCAUCCAUUCGAGGACUCUGCUAAACUAGCCAUACUUAAUGGCAAUUAUAAUCUAAACCCCAACGAUCAACGCUAUAAAUGCUUUCAUGAAAUCAUAAGUGGAUGUCUGACUGUGAACCCGGAGGAACGCUUGACAAUAAACAAUGUGCUGGAGCGGUUGGCGGCCAUAGCGGAGUCCAACAACGUCAAUCUCAAGCAACCACUCAAAUUUGAGCGUAAAAAAGUUGAACAAUCUGUGGCCACUAGCUCGCCAGCCAGCAAAGAUCCUGUCUCCACAAGCCAGGAGAUUCCGAACUCUCGGCCUCCCGAGCCGACUCGGCCUCCGCCCCCCGCGCGCCCGCCUCCCGUUCCGCAGUACAACCCGCCCCCUCCUGUCCAAGGGAGCUCAGGGGGGCUAUUCUCGUCCAUCAAAGGGGGCGCUGGUAGCUUCCUGAAAAACUUGAAAGACACCUCCUCGAAGGUUAUGCAGACUGUUCAACAGUCAAUAGCUAGGACAGACUUGGACAUAACAUACAUUACUAGUCGAAUUAUUAUAAUGCCGUACCCAUCUGAAGGCUUAGAGAGCGCUUACAAGACUAAUCACAUCGAUGAUGUAAAGGCAUACCUAGAAAGCCGUCACCCAGGCGGCAAGUACUGUGUUUACAACGCGUGUCGCGGCGCGCGUCUCCAUUUCCCACGUCACGUGCUCGUGACGGACGCGUGUCGUGCGCUGUGGCCCACUCCUGCGCAUCGCGCGCCGCUUCUGGCCCAGUUCUAUGCGCUGCUGCAGCAUAUGUACCAGUAUUUGGGGAAGGACGACAAAAGCGCCGUGGUUAUUACCUGCCAGGACGGCAAGUCCAUGUCCUGCAUACUGCUCUGCGGACUGCUCCUAUAUUCCAAACUAGUGACGGUGCCUGAGGACGCGCUGCAAAUAUUCGCCGUGAAGCGAGCACCAAUCAAUAUCGCGCCGAGCCAGCUUAGAUAUCUUUAUUACCUCUCCAACAUUAUCAGGCAAGAACCGAAGCUCCCACAUUUCCGGCCUGUGACGCUGGUAUCUCUAACAAUCCACCCAGUGCCAUUAUUCACAAAGGCGAGAGACGGAUGCAGACCGUACGUAGAAAUCUACAACGAAGAUAGGCUUUUACUGUCCACCAUGCAAGACUACGAAAGGCUGCACACAUACACAAUGGCUGAAGGAAAGGUGACUCUGCCACUAGACACGACGGUGGUAGGUGACGUGGCGAUUUGCGUGUACCACGCGCGACAACAGCUAGGCCGAGCUCACGCCGUGGCCAUGCUCGAGCUACACUUCCAUACUGGCUUCCUGGAGCCCACGCAGCACGCCAUCAAGUUCCAACGAUCCGAGAUCGACGGCAUAGACGAGACGCUGCCAGUCAACGACCACUUCUCGGCUAAUACAUCGGCGAUCAUCAGCUUGGUGGUACAAAAUGGAGAGCGACGCAAGCCUCGUACAGACCUUUGGGAGGAUGACCACUCCUACCCAAUUCGCACGCCAGAUGUUCUGUUCUCGACUGAUCUGGAGAAAUACGAGACUAUUGAUAACUUCGUGACAGCGGAAAGCACGCCGCCCAAAGAAGCCGACAAGCAGCCUCCAGCCCGACCGGCGCCCCCCUCCCAACCACCUCAUAGGCCGCCGCCCCCCGUCCCUACCCCAGCCCCCGCUGACACCGCAGACUUCCUAAACCUGAACACGCAGCAACCUCAGCCAGAGAAGACGGAGAAGAAACUACCUAGUCAGGACUCGUUCGACUUCUUUGGGAUGAUGGAGAAGAAAGUAGAUGAAUUUGGGGACUUUUUGAGUGGGAAAGGGGGCGGGGAUACCGCUCCGGUAAGUCAAAUCAUAAAGUAAAUAACUAUUUUUAACAGCCCUUUG